CUCUGAAAAGCCCAGAUAUGGGUUCUUCAUGGCGAGAAGGCUCCGAAAAGAAAACGAGGAAACUGGAAAACGAAAAUUCUGCCGAGACACUGCCUCUAAUUCUCGAAAGUGAAGCAAGUCUAGUGAUCAAGGAUGACAACAAUUCAAAGAUGGAAGAGCAUCGUACGAACUUUAGCUUUGUGCUGGAUUUCACAUCUUGGCUUGUAUUUAUCCUCACUAUAUUACUACCAUUCUUCUGGCAUCCGUUACCAAAGAGAUUUCUUCGUAUAGAGACUACUAUCAUGACAGGGAUUCUGAUCGUAUUAGGGAAAGAACGUAAGGUAUCCGCACUCACUGUGCAAGAGAUGGUCUUUGUCGGAGAGAUAUCGUAUGCUCUUUAUCUCAUUCAUUGGCCCGUACUCGUUAUAAUGGAAUACUAUUAUCCCAAGGACCCAUUAAAUCCCUAUGUCGGAGUGACAGUUUCCUUUCUUCUCGCUAUGCUGGUGUAUCGGUUUUACGAAAAAAAAUAUUUGCAAUGGUCACCGCCUAUUAUAUGCUUUUUAAUAUGCGUUCUAUUCGUCGGCUGUGCUUACCUAAGUUCAUUAUCUACGAAGAAUAUUAUCAUAAAUCGGAAUAUUGAUUACAACAACAUCAAAAUCGAAGACGCCGCUUGGAAUCUAAGUUGUUGA